AUGGCGGUUUUUGAGCAAAAUAAGCGCCCUAAGAUUGCCCUCGUGGGCUCUGGCAUGAUUGGAGGCACCAUGGCAUUCUUAUGCAGUCUUAAGGAAUUAGGAGAUGUUGUUCUCUUUGACGUUGUACCUAAUAUGCCUAUGGGAAAAGCGAUGGAUUUAUGUCAUAAUUCAUCUGUAGUAGACAACGGUAUAACUGUAUACGGAUCUAAUAGCUAUGAAUGUCUAACUAACGCAGAUGUAGUUAUAAUUACUGCAGGUAUAACAAAAAUACCCGGUAAAAGUGAUAAAGAAUGGUCAAGAAUGGAUUUAUUACCAGUAAAUAUAAAAAUAAUGCGUGAGGUAGGAGGAGCAAUAAAGAAAUAUUGUCCUAAUGCAUUUAUAAUAAAUAUAACAAAUCCUUUAGAUGUAAUGGUUGCUGCUGUACAAGAAGCAGCAAAUGUACCUAAACAUAUGAUCUGUGGCAUGGCAGGGAUGCUAGAUUCAUCAAGACUAAGGAGAAUGAUUGCUGAUUGUUUGCAUGUAUCUCCUCAUGACGUACAGGGUAUGGUAAUAGGUGUACAUGGAGAUAAUAUGUUACCUCUUAUGCGUUAUAUAACUAUUAAUGGUAUACCUAUACAAGAAUUUAUUAAUAAAGGAUUAAUAAAUAAGGAAGAUAUAAAUAAUAUAUAUAAUAAGACUAAGCAAGCAGGAGGAGAUAUAGUAAGAUUAUUAGGACAAGGAAGUGCAUAUUAUGCACCAGGUACUAGUGCAAUAUUAAUGGCAGAAAGUUACCUUAAGGAUAAAAAAAGAUUAUUUGUUUCUUCUUGUUACCUUAAUGGACAAUAUAAUGUUAAUAAUCAUUAUCUAGGUGUCCCUUGUAUAAUAGGAGGAAAAGGGAUAGAACAAAUCAUAGAAUUAGAUCUUAAUCAGGAGGAGAAAAAGUUACUACAAGGAUCUAUUGAUGAGGUACUAGAGAUGCAAAAAGCUAUUGCUGCUCUUGAUGCAGGAAAGUAA